AGUUGGUGUGUGGAAAUUGUACGACUGCCCGGUUAUUUUCCGAUAUUUCGCGAGUUUUUUCAUACAAAACUUUUUAAAAAAGUGUUUAAAUGAAUGGAUAAAUCGUGAAUAUGACUUUAAUUUGAUUUACCGGAUGGUGGUUUCAAGAUAUUUGUGUGAUACAAUGUUCCCUAAUCAAUGAGGAUGCGUGAUGGGGAAAAAGGAUUUAUCCUGGAAAAGUUAUACGUUAACAACCACCAUAUUGAUCAAUUUCGUUCUUGGAGGAGGAAACGCACACGUCAGAAAAAAGGACAUCGAAUCGAGUUUACAGGACAUACACGACGUAGCGAUCGCUAGUUUAGGAGAUUUUUGCAACAAUCAACAAUUUAAAUCACUUACGGUUCCUUUGGAUACCCUCAAAUUCGAAUCUAUUCGACAGAAAGCUGAUUUAGCAGCUACAUUGUUGCAAGAUUUAGGCGUGGCUCAUCAUAACGGUUUGCAGGAUGCCAUCUCCAAGAAUCUCAUCAUAACCGAUAAAUCAGUAUUAUCGAGUCGUAUUUUAGCUAUAAACGCCUCCACGGGAUCAAUAGUCAAUUGCGCUUGGUGGCAAAAACAAAUCUCCGAUAUCGGCGAACCGAAAAAAAUAUCAGAUACUGGAAUGGAAAGUGGACAAAGACCUAACUCCGAAUAUCCUUGGUACGAAGACGCCGAUUCUAGUCCGGGUGUUCGAUCUCCGAAAUUCAUCGAAAGUCCUCCGAACGUAGCGUAUAAAGGAUGGUGGACGUUUCCUUAUUAUUCGUGUUCGAAUAGAAAAUGGAUCGUUUCUUAUAGCGUUCCGAUACCACCGCCAGGAAGAAGAGGAUUGAAAGGAUUUUUAAGCUUAGACGUGGAUGUAUCAUACUUGGAAGUAAAUCAAUGCGAAACAAUAAGAAAUCAACAAGUGAAUAAUGAAAUUAGCAUCUUCCACGGAUCUCAUAAAUGUCACAAUUUUAGUACAAAGUGUAUCUACAGAUCAAAUCUUAAUCAAGAAACUUGGACUAGGGGAAAGUAUCAUUGUGUUUGCAGAUCAGGAUUUUAUUCAGAAUACCACCAAGGCAUUUUUAAUGGAACGUUAGUUGAAAUUGCGUGGUCCGAAUAUUUAAAAACUGGCAGUAAAUCGUGGGAAUUGAUAUUCCAGUGUAAAAAAUGUGCUCCAGGAUGUCUUUUUUGUCGAGAUCCUUCACCAUGCUUAGCUACAUAUCAUUGGCCAUUCAGGAUCACUCUUCUAACAUUCUCGAUAAUCUGUGUGAUUUGUACUAUAAUAUUAAUCCUGUAUAUGUACAAACACCGAAAACUAAAAGUUUUCAAAGUCGCCAGCCCCAUAUUUCUCAGCAUAACUUUAUUGGGAUGUGCCACAAUGUACUUAGAGAUGGCAGCUAUUUUCCCAAUUUUGGAUCAAUAUUCUUGCAUAGCUACAAAAUGGUCUAGACAUUUGGGUUUUUGCGUCACAUACACCGCACUUUUGAUGAAAACUUGGCGAGUAUCUCUAACUUACCGAGUAAAAUCCGCUCAUAAAGUGAAAUUGACUGAUAAACAACUAUUGCAAUGGAUGGUACCAAUCAUCUUGGUAAUGCUGAUAUAUCUAGGUACCUGGACAGUAUCAGAUACUCCAAACACAGAAGAAAUCGUCGAUAACGCCGGUUUAAGAUUCAAACAGUGUUUGUACAAUUGGUGGGAUCACAGUUUGGCUAUUGGUGAAGUAUUAUUCUUAGCUUGGGGCAUAAGGGUGUGCUACAAUGUUAGGAAUGCAGAAUCUUUAUACAACGAGGCCAGAUUAAUUAGUUACGCCAUAUACAAUAUCGCCAUUGUUAAUAUAAUGAUGAUUGCAUUUCAUUUAUUCAUCUUUCCAAGGGCCGGUCCUGACAUUAAAUAUUUACUUGGUUUCAUACGGACACAACUUUCUACAAGUACCACCAUAGCAUUAGUUUUUGGCCCAAAGAUUAUAAGGGUUCUUCGUGGUCAGGGUGAUCAAUGGGACAACAGAGCGAGAUCGCGUGGAGUAACAGCUUCUUUUUCAUUAAACGGAAUUGGUCUUGUACCAGAAGAAGCACCAGAUCUGUUUCAAGAAAACGAAGAACUUAAAGAAGAAAUACAAAAAUUGGCUGCUCAAAUCGAGUUUAUGAAAAUCAUUCAUAUGGAAAGCAACAACCGGCACGUGAAACCGAAAAGCGGGGGUUAUUUUUCCGUUCAAAACACCACCAGUUUAAUUCAUAGUCCUUUGACGAAAACAGGUCUAAAUCAACCGACUAAACCACCGGAUGAAAUGUGACAACACCUUAAGGCUACUUACGGCCUUAGAGAUGUAACGGAAUCAGCGCACUACCUCAAAGAAUACGUAACAGGCGUCGAUUGGCUCAAAACGAGUUUUAAAGCUAAAACAAAAUGCUCAGAAGAGGCAGAAGUUGUUCCUUUGUAAAUAUAGUAAUAUGUAAGAAAACAGUAAUAUUCAAUUCAACUUCCCACAUUUUAUAAUAAUCGGUCAAUUAAGAACCUCAAUUAUAUUGAAAUUAUAAAAAAUUUGGUAGAAACGUAAAAAUAUUGUUUUACUAAAAAUAAAAUUGUUUAUAAUAUUUUUUAAACAAGUGACACUUUUUAUGAAUAAAUGCUAUCUAUUUGAUACAUGGUGAUGUAUUGAAAACCAAAGUCAAACUAAUGAUUUUGUAACAAUAAAACGUGUCACUUUUUAAUUUGAACAAUGUAAAUAGAAAAUUACUAUAAAAAAUUCGCAUUUUUUUAAAUUUACUUGAUCUCUAUGAAAAAUGACUGAUUUUUAUAUAGUGAAUAAUAUUAGAGAGUAUGUGCUUCAAAUUGUGUGAUAUCAAAUAAUUUUAAAAUAACAAGAUUGAUAAAAUUGGUGUAAUCUUCAAGUUUAUUCAACAAAAAUAUUCAAUCUCUCACAUGAUUUCUAUUAAUAAUUUUUUUUUAAAUUAGUGACAAUAUGUCAUUCGGAAGGAACUUGAAGAAUCAAUUAAAAAAACUCGAUGUCAAUAUGUGUUGAAUAUAUAUAACAAUUAUAUCUUAGAUUUAAUGUAUAAAUUUAUAUAUUUUUCAAAUUAGACUGCCAAAGAAGAGUAAACUAAUUCUUAAUUUGAGAAUAUUAAAAUUAUUCAGGGGCUCCAGGAGUACAAUAAACUUUUUGAAAUACCAUAUUUUUCUUGCAGCUAUUAUAAGAUGGUCGAUCAAUAUUUUAAACUUUUCCUUCAGCAUUCCACGAUGAGCAUAUUCUAAACUACAGAUGGAGUUUGUACUAGUUUCAAAUAGAAUAUGAUAAGUUUACUUUACUUUGUUAGUUGAAAAUAGUGUGCCAUUGUCGAUAUGUUCUAGAAAAACAUGUUUGUGAUAGAUAUUAUAUUCGGUACAAAAUGUAGUCGAUGAAAUACGACAAUACAUAUUUUUUAAAUGUGAAAAUUUUUAUUUUGGAAAUAUUAAUAUAGAUACGUAUUAAAUUGUUGUUAUGUCUAAGUAUUAAUUAUUUAUUUAUUUUAUGGAGAAAAAUAUAUAAUAUAUUGCGGAAGAAAAUAACUUUUCCUAUGUUUUUAGCUUUUUUGUUAUGUAUACAAAUUUUCAGUAGCAAAAUUAUAUAAGAAUUGUUUUCUCUUUUCACUCUGUA